CCAAUGCAAUCUCUUCAAAGAAUGAGAGCUAAACCAUAAAUAUAUUGUCUUUGGAAGUUGUGGUUGAGUCAUGAGUCAUGACCCAUCAUUUCCAAAAUUCAAAGAACGUUCAUACUACCUAUCAAUAUCAAGAGUCGUGUAUAAUAAAGUACUAUAUAUGAUUCAACCACCUGAGUCUUCAAAACUGGAAAUCUUGUAGUUUCUGUGUGAACAAGUGCUGCUUGCAAAGGAGAAUUUGAAGCAAAAACACAGAAAAAAGCACAAAAAUAAAGAAAUGACUGAGACUUGCCACUACACUAUUAUAAAGGUGGUACGAGAUGAAGACCUUGCAGAACAGAUUGGAAAGGAUAUAUAUUUUGAUCUUGUAGACUUUGACAAAGUGAGGAGUUUUCGUGUUAAAAAGUAUACAUCAUUUCACGAUUUCAAGGAAUAUGUUGCUAACGAGUUUGGUAUACCAGCUCGAUUCCAGAGCUUUUGGAUAUGGACAAAGCGUGAAAACCAAUCAUUUCGUCCUUUGAGGCCAUUGACGCACAUUGAGGAAGCAGGAACUGUUGGACAACUUAUUAAAUUAACAAAGGCCGACAAAGCAGCAUACCAUUUGUUUUUGCAAGUCGAGCAUGGGCUGGAUUUAUGUCCCAUUGCACCACUAAAUAAGAGAAAGGAUGAUGAUAUAUUGCUUUUUUUCAAGUUAUAUGAUCCUGAAAAAGAGGAGCUACGUUAUGUUGGAAGGCUCUUUGUGAAAUGUAGUGGCAAGCCAUCAGAAAUCUUAACGAAGUUAAAUAAUUUGGCUGGAUAUGAUUCAGAUGAAGAGAUAGAACUUUAUGAGGAGAUUAUGUUUGAACCAAAUGUCAUGUGUUAUCCUGUUGAUGAGAAAUUAACAUUUAACGAAAACCAGUUAGAAAAUGGUGAUAUUAUAUGCUUUCAGAAAGCUUCUGAAAUGGUUAAUGAGAAACAUUUACGCUAUCCUGACGUGCCUUCAUUCUUGGAAUACGUGCACAGCCAGGUUUCUUUUUCUUCAUCAGACACAGAAUCUAAAGAUGAAGAAUCUGUCUCGGAAUCAUCCGAGGAAGAAAUCAAAAACAUUAUAGACUCGGAUGAAAUUGAAGCUAUGAUAGCUGAGGAUGCCAUUGGUGCAAUUGACAGAGUUUUAGCAGAAGGGAUUUCUGUUUCAUUACAAUCUAUGCAUUCUAUCCAAGUCUCAAGACAAAGUCUCAAAGUUCAGGAAUUGAGGGAUAUCGUCUUUAAAGAAGACUUGUUUGAAAAAUUUAAAGAAGGUCUCACUCCUAAUGUUAUCUUCAAUGCAUUUAAGGAAAAAAUUGAUGCUAAUGCUUAUGUGUUCUCCUCUCGCCAAUUAGGAAACAUCAACGCUGUUGUUAACCUUCUCAACAACAUUGUGAGGAUGUUGGAGAAACUCGAAAAUUUGAAAAAAGUGCUAGACUCAGCUAAGACGAGCACUGACCAAAAUAAUCAAGCAUUGAAGGUUAAAAGACAAAAAAUAUUGGCCUCAAAUACUUCCUGCACAAUUCAACAAACACGGCUCAACCAGAUUACUGAUCCUAAAGCUAAAAUUGCCAUGAAAUCUUUGAACAAAGAAGUUAAAUCCAUUUUCCAUCGCCUCGCUGAUGAUCAUAUCAAGUUGAAAAGCGUCGAAGAUAAAAUUCAAGAGGCUCAAAUUGACUUGGAAAGCCAUGAGAAGCUCUAUCAGUUCUUUAAGGAAAACCCUCCAUUUUGAUUCAUAUAUUUUCUUGGCAUUUUUGGCCACAGCAUUUCAUUUCAAUGUCACUUUAGCCUAGUAGCUUUCUGUUUUUAUAUUACCAUUGAAUUUAUGAAAUGAAUCUUGAAUUAUUUUGAGG